GGCAGAGGGGUGGGAUGGCGACUGAGCAGCGAUUGGUUUGUGUCUGAGGACAGAGGGUGGGAUUUGAUGCUUUCCUGCCCUGGGCUACAACACCUGGAGGGGAUCUUCCUCCUCGGAAGGCGUGUAGCACCCGGGAGGUGGGUGCUGUCAUCUGUGAACAGGGACUGCUCAGUGUUCAGCAUGUCUUUCAUCCAGGUAGACAAGGACUCGGAUUUUCCUCUCCAAAAUCUCCCCUAUGGGGUUUUCUCCACUAAGGAGGAGCCUCGGCACAGGCUUGGGGUAGCAAUUGGAGACCAGAUUUUGGAUCUCAGUGUCAUUAAACAUCUUUUCAAUGGACCAGCUCUUGCCAAACAUCAGCACGUCUUUGACCAGCCCACCCUGAACGCCUUCAUGGGGCUGGGCCGGCCGGCGUGGAUGGAGGCGAGGGCUUUACUCCAGAGGCUGCUGUCGGCUGGAGAGCCCACCCUGAGGGACAACACGGAGCUGCGGAGAAGAGCGUUUGUACCUCAAGCUUCUGCAACGAUGCACCUGCCCGCCCACAUCGGAGAUUACACUGACUUCUAUUCUUCACGCCAACAUGCCACAAACGUUGGGAUCAUGUUCAGGGGGAAGGAGAACGCUCUGAUGCCAAACUGGCUGCACUUACCUGUUGGUUAUCACGGUCGGGCAUCAUCUGUUGUGGUGUCUGGGACGCCUAUCCAGAGACCUGUGGGACAAAUGAAACCUGACAAUGAUAAACCUCCAGUGUUUGGUGCUUGUAAACGUCUGGAUAUCGAGUUAGAAAUGGCAUUCUUUGUAGGUCCUGGAAACAAGUAUGGGGAGCCAAUUCCUAUCAGCAAAGCCCAUGAGCACAUCUUUGGGAUGGUCCUUAUGAACGACUGGAGCGCCCGUGACAUCCAGAAGUGGGAAUACGUUCCUCUGGGUCCCUUCCUGAGCAAGAGCCUUGGCACAACCAUCUCUCCGUGGGUUGUUACCAUGGAAGCUCUCAUGCCAUUUGUGUUGCCAAACCCUGUCCAGGAUCCCAAGCCACUGCCCUACCUUCAGGAUAAAGAACCCUACACUUUUGACAUCAAUCUCUUUGUUGCUAUUAAAGGAGAAGGAAUGAACACACCAACUACUAUAUGCAGAUCCAAUUUCAAGCACAUGUACUGGACCAUGAAACAGCAGCUGGCUCAUCAUUCCAUCAACGGGUGCAACCUCAGACCUGGAGAUCUCCUGGCCUCUGGCACCAUCAGUGGACCCGAGCCAGAGAGCUUCGGCUCCAUGCUGGAGCUGUCCUGGAAUGGAACAAAAGAAAUCCCUCUUGGCAGUGGGCAGUCUCGUAAAUUCCUGCAGGACGGAGAUGAAAUCAUUCUGACAGGUUACUGCCAGGGCAACGGCUUCCGCGUGGGAUUUGGCCAGUGCUCGGGAAAAAUCCUUCCAGCUCUGUCAAAUCCCUGAUGGCUGGAGUAAGGUGACAUCUGAGGAGAAGGAACUCUUCCCCCCACCUCUACCAGCCACGCUGCUUUACUCAGAUUUAUUACUUUUAUAUGAGUGAUUGAAAUCUUAUUAUUUUUAAUUAUCAAUAAAUAUCUUAAAGAUGAA